CGGGGGGGCGGCGGCGGCGGCUCGGUCGCGGGCGGGGUUGGGUCCGGGCCCCACGGAGGGAGCGGGACCGGGCCCGGCUCGGGCGCCACGAGCAGCCACGUGAGCGCGGUGCUCACGUGCAAGGUGUGCGACCAGGCGUUCAGCUCGUUGAAGGAGUUGAGCAACCACAUGGUGAAGAACUCGCACUACAAGGAGCACAUAAUGCGGUCCAUCACGGAGAGCGGGGGCCGGAGGAGGCAGACGAGGGAGAAGCGCAAGAAAUCGUUGCCGGUGAGGAAGUUGUUGGAGCUGGAGAGGGCGCAGAACGAGUUCAAGAACGGGGACGCGGCCGCGGGCCUCGGCCACAAUCUCGGCAAACACGCGGGUCGUAUCACGUGCGAGAAGUGCGGCGAGAAGAUCGAGACCAACAUCUUCGUCGAUCAUAUACGCCAGUGUAUCGGGGCGGGGACGGUGGGCGCGAGUCAGCGCAACUUCUUGAAGAACGCGUUGAUGUCGAAUCAUUUGCCGGCCACGCUGCCGCCCACGGAGACGGGGCGCAAGAGCGUGACCGAGGACGGUUCCUCGAGACACCAUCGGUCGCCCUCGUCGGCCAGCGACGCGACCACGCCCGGCAAGGACACGCCGACACCCGCGACAGGCGGCGAGACGACCGGCGGCACCUCGUCCCCGUCCGUGUUGAACGCCAUCGAGAAAUUGAUCGAGAAGAGUUUCGACUCGCGCGUCAGACACGGGACGCCCGGCCUGCACCACGCCCAACCGGCCCCGAUGGGAACCAGUAUCUUGAAACGGCUCGGGAUCGACGAGAGCGUCGACUACACGAAACCGUUGGUCGACCCGCAAACCAUGAACCUCCUUCGCUCGUAUCAGCAGCAGCAUCAACAGCAACAGCAUUACGCGACGAGCGCGGCGGCAGCGCGGCGGGAACGAAGCGGGAGCGAGUCGAGCUCCGUGUCGGAGCGGGGAAGCGGGGGCGGUAGAACCGACUCGAUCACGCCCGAGAGACGCGUGGAUCUGCACUCGGACGCCAGGCAUUCCCAUCAUCACCGGCUCACGCCCGACAAGCAACUCGGCCCCCAAACCUUGCCCCCGAGUCGCCAUCAUCCACCCACCGAGGAGUCCGGGGACGAGGAAUCGUCGACGACCGCGGCCACGUCCGCGGUGGGCGGCGGCGCGACGACCGCUUCCGCGUCCAACGUGGUCGUGGUGAAGAAGGAGCCCCGCGACGAGGAAUCGGAGGAGCGAGUAGGGAACGAGGAGGAGCAAUCGCAGCCCCAAUCGCAGCGAGAGGUGUUCGUGAAGAAGGAGAUCGUGGAGGACUGCAGGGACGAGGAGGAGACGGCGGGCUCGUUCCAUCAUCGGCGAAGCAGCUUGCACGAGGGAUCGGAGGAGGGUGGUGGUCGAGAGGUGUUGUCGCCCCGGAUGAACCCACCGACACCGAGAUCGAGCGGGCAACCGGAACAGUUGACGCGCAGCCCGUGCAGGAACAGCACCAGCAGUCCAACGAGCAGCGACCGAUCGGUGACGCCGCGAGGAACGCCCGACACGAAGGGGUCGAGCAGCCUUGGCGCCCUCUCCUCCAUGUUCGACAGCCUGUCAGGGGGCGGAGGCGGCGGGGGCGGCGGGGGCGGGAGCGGCGGCGGCGGCGGCGGAGGCUCGAGCAACGCGGUCGACUCUCAGGGACGGAAGACGAGCAGCCAUCCAUUGGCCGCGCUGCAAAAGCUCUGCGACAAGACGGAGACGAGGGGACCGAGCGGCAGCGCGGCCCGAUCAGGCGGCGGCCCUGGGACCGCGUCCGGCCUCGCCACCGCGGCCGGAAGCGGCGGCGUGGGCGCGGCCGGGCCCGGUUCCGGGACGGCCCCGGGGGCGAUCCUGGCGUUCAGCUGGGCCUGCAACGACGCCGUCGUCACCGCCGACUCCAUCAUGAAAUGCGCCUUCUGCGACACGCCGUUCAUCUCCAAGGGGGCGUACAGGCACCACCUGUCGAAAAUGCACUUCGUCAAGGACGGCGUGAUCCCCGAUCCCCUGACCAUCGGUCGCUCGGCGGCGGCCGCGGCGGCUGCGGCGGCCGCGGCCGCGGCCGCUGCAGCCGCGGUCUCUCAAACCACCGGGACCGGGCCCCCACCACCGUCGGGUCACGCAUCUUCCUCGCCCCCGACUUCACAGCGCAACAAGUCGCCGCCGCUUCCGCAGGCGAACGGCAGCCCGUCUCAGUCAGCGGCCUCUCCCCUCGAGGAGAGCCCGCACUCCAAAUUUCUCAAGUAUACGGAGCUGGCCAAACAGUUGUCCAGCAAGUACGUAUAGUCCGAGCCCCGUAAGUAGCGGUGCCACUUGUACAUAACGUGUAUCUAUAUAAUGUAACGACUGUAAUUAGCGGCGCGAUUUUGGUCACCUCCUUCCGACACCUCCUCCUCCCCUAAUCGAACUUAUCCCGGUAUCCUUUCGUUCGCGAUUCCAUUAUCCGCCUCUCCCCUCUUCUCGCUUACCCACUUCUCUCUCGCUCUCUCUCUCUCUCUCUCUCUCUUCUUCCUCGUCACCCCAACCCCCUCCCCUCCCCCUGGAUCGCACUCUCCAUCUUGGCGAUAAGCGAGUCGCGCGGCGAAAACCGGAAGCGGAGGAGGUGGAUAUCGAACGUGCGUUGAUUUUCAUUGUGAUGCCACCAUAUCUCGCGGCACUGCUGAGUCAAGGGGCUCGGCCAGCGGCCAAGUUUGUGAUUUUAUAAAUACUUAAGGACAUUUACGACUGGCUUUGAGAGAGAGAGAGAGAGAGAGAGAGAGAGAGG